CGACCCAAGACUACACCUACGCCCCCCACCUCGCCGAAUACAAUGCCCCCCUAGGCAUCUUCAUGGCCUCCAAGCCACAAUACACCCAUUUCAUCGUCGGCGGCCACAUCUUCUCGCACGCCUCCAGCGCCACACAACAGACGCCGUCCGUCCUCCUCUUACAGCGCUCCCUGUCCGACUCCUACCCAGGCUGCUGGGAAGGACCCGGCGGAUCGUGCGAAUCCAGCGACGCGAGCAUUCUGGCCGGCAUGGCGCGCGAGAUCUUCGAAGAGACCGGCCUGCACGUGUCCAAGGUGGUGGACCUUAUUGGGAUGGACGAGUGGGUGGACGUCAAGAGGGGCACGAUGCGUCGCUUCGCAAAGUACACCUUUCUGGUGGAGGUCCAUGAGGCUGACGGCCUCGUGUUCGCUUCUGGGAGCAGCUGCGUCAUCAAGGGCAAUGGAUGUACCGAGGGUUUGCGCUGGGAGGAUCGGGUGCGCGUCGACCAGACGGAGCACCAAGACUAUGCUUGGGUCGCGGAGGACGAGCUGAGGGAGUCAAAUGGUUGCGAGAGGUAUCGGUCGAUUGGCGACCAGGCGCGGACGCUCCUGCGAGGGUUUGAGAUGGUCAAGAGUGGAUUGGGGGCGGCCAAGGCUAAGGUUUAAUACGGCUGUGGUUUCUUUGCUUUAUGUUGGAUGCGGGGGUUUUUUUUUUCUUUUUUUCUUUUUUUGCCUGGGUUUGAUAGACUUCGCUUCGCAGCGUGUACACUGAUGGGUCUGGUUUUCUUCCAAUAAAA